GACGAUGAAGCGCAAGGCAUAAAGACUCUUAGACGUUAACAUCCCUGAAGUUGUCCUGCUGUGACCCUGAAUAAACCACACCGAGUUUCAGUUGGAUUUUUGUCUCAUUUCGGGUUUUCUGGAUUUCAUCAGGACGGAUCAAAGAUGUUCAUCGUGAUCAACUCAACAGAAACUCUAACCACGCGGCGACAACAACAGUUCAAAGAAACAGAGAGGGAGACGAGGUGAGGAGGAUGAAACGAGAGAGAGCAAACCACAGAGAGACUCCGGAGACCAAGAGAACAAAAGAGCGACGCGGCGAGACGGAAAACUGUCGAGCGAUCACCGGCAGCGAAGAUUCUCAUCAGCUGACGACGAACAACAGACUCCAACACUUUCACACGCUGGAAGAGUUCACACUCGGUCAGGAUUCUGUGUGUCUGCGUGUCUGUCUGAUGGAACCCAGAGACAGAAAGAAUCCAUGAAAUGUUGGGGUGGAUCUGGACAAAGGGGGCGGAGCCAGGAAUUCAUUCUUAGGGAAUAAUACAGGAAUCUUGUGGUUGUGACCCGGAUACGAAAACAACGGCAGGAUGAGAUUUCAGUCACAGACAAAAAAAGAACCGUGACCUUAAAGAAGAAACUUUGAACCUGUUUUUAUUUCAGCCGACCUCUUUCAAUGUGUUUUCGGAUCCUCCUCAGCUCUUGUUCCCGUGGAUGACAUCUCACAACUUUCCUUUAAAAAACUAAAGUGAAACAAAACUUCAUCUCAGCAGUAGGUGAAGGGACUGACAUCCCACUCUGCCUCAUAAAAAACAAACCCCGGCUGAGCGUCACUGAAAACAGCCGCUGAGUAAAAUAUUGGCGCUGGAGUCAUUCGGCCUGCGGAGAGGAAACCGAGCAGUAGCUUCAUUCUUCCUCCAAAUUGGCAGAAUUUACGCCUCCUCUUCCUCCUCCUCCUCCUCCUCCCAUCACGCCCGGCCGAUAGAUUCCCAGCAGCAAGUUCCCGAGUUGCUUUGGUAAAACGCCUCCCCAGCUCCCGGAGGAUCUGUAUUCCCUCCCUGCGAUCGUCCCGAUCACAGACGGCCGCGGCAGGAUCUCACGUUCAUUAUCCGUCACAUCGGCUCUAAUGAGCGACGCUCGACUGCGGCCUAUUGGCAACGCGAUCUGUUGCUAAAUGGCGUGAUUUCGUGACUACGUCAUCGCGACGUGUCACCGACGACCUGCCAGUUCGAAACCUCGAGUUUUUGGCGUUUUGUUCAGCGCCAUCUUGGAAAUCAGAAGUGACCAUAUUUGGAAGAAGAAGGGGGCUCGUCCACCGCCACCUGCGUCUGUGCACCUAUUGGACGGUACCAGCUGUCAAUCACACGGUAGCGGUGACGUCAGAUAAACUAGGAGCAGCGGUAACAUCCACGGAUAGAAGAGGAAACAGUGAACUCACAUGUGUGCGUCUUCUUCACCGCCGCUGACGAACCUGCAACACACAAGACAACAGAUUCAGUCACAGUCUCCAGCUGAAGGGCAUCAGAAGUGAACAUUUAAGAGUCAGAGAUCAGACGACCAGACGGAGGUGGAACGAGGAACAACAACAACACGUCUGAGUUGAUAUUCCAGUUGUGAAGAGCUGUGACAAUCUGAGAUCGGAGUCAUGCGUCCUGUUGUGGUAACUGUCGUCCUGCUGGUGAUCCUGAUGUUCAUGACGGACUCUGCAGUCGCAGGAGAAAAAGAGAAGAAAAAUUGCCAGAACUAUUUCCCACUUGUACCAUGUGGUUCUGGAUGGUACCGGAUGGACGGAAGUCGCUGUAUGAAGAGAGCUCCGACCGCAGAAACGUUUGACGAUGCACAGAUGUUCUGCAAAAACAAAAGUGGUGAUUUGGUGUCAUUCAGGGGAAGAGACGACCUUAUCCAAAUGCUGUGUCUGUUGGUCAUGGAAAACAAUGACAAGGUUCCUCACUGGCUCGGAGCCAGAAAACAAGGGGGUGAAUUUCAGUGGGCUGAUGGACGUGGACCAUUGAUCUUCGGAGGCCAACACAACCUCCUGAAUGACCAGGCUGAGGACUGUGCAGCAAUCAACAUCGGUGGUCCCUGGAAAGGUACAUCAUGUUCAGCAACAAGGAACUUUGUGUGCCAAAAGACUAUGUGAUCGUCAUCUCCAGAUGAUGAACCAGCCUGCUUCACUGUAACCUCUGUGAAUGCAACCUUUAAUAUUGUUUGUAAUAAAUGUUCAGCAUCAGAAAACA